AUGUUUUUCAUCCUAGCCCUGGGCAUGGGGACAUGCUACUCGAUGAUAGGAUAUUCUUCCAACUCGAUAUCAAUGGUGAGUUACACUGUCACUCGCUGGCACAGUGCACAUACUGAUCCGCAGCAGCACGUUGGAUCAGCCGCACGCAAGGACUACUUCACCAAGAUCCUUCAAAACCCGGUUCCAUAUUUCGAUAAGGAAGAAAACGCCUCCGGUAGCGUCGCUUCUCGUCUAUCCUCGGACACGAAGCAGUUGCAGGAAUUCUGUGGCAUUCCAAGCGCCUUUCCGAUGAUUUCUGUCCUGAAUGUGACUGGCUGCAUGAUCAUCGCGUUCAUUUACGGCUGGAAGUUAUCUGCGGUCGGAGUCAUUGCCAUCAUGCCUAUUCUUGCUACUGCUGCGUAUCUGCGUGUCCGGUAUGAGCUGCAGCUGGAGUCACUCAACGCAGAGGUCUACGCCGACAGCUCCAGGUUUAUCAGUGAAGCUGUGAGAGCGUUCCGAACCGUCAGUGCGCUCACCAUGGAGGACUUUAUCAUCAACCGAUACAUCAAGCUUCUGGGUGAACAGAGGAUCAACGCCACCAGAAAGUUGUGGUUUUCGAGUGUUGUUUUCGCGUUCUCUGAGAGUAUGGAAUUUCUGGCGAUGGCGCUGUCAUUCUGGUACGUAUGGCAUUAUUGUCCAAAGAAAGAGGCUAACAGUGCCCUGAAUUGUAGGUAUGGGGGUCAGCUGUUAGCGUCUCGGGAAUAUGAUCCGGUAGACUUCUUCGUCGUCUUCAUUGCCAUCAUUCAGGCUGCUGCCUCAGCGGGAAUUUUUUUCAGCUUCGGCCCGGAUAUCGCACAAACACGGGCUUCUGUAGAACGAAUCCUGACCGAGGGUGCUAAUGUGGAGAGGCCGGAGAGCAAAGAAGACGGCUUGAUUGCGGCUGACGGCCCAGUCAAUCUAGAAUUCUCACGGGUGACCUUCCAGUAUGCUUCCCGUACAUCACCAACCCUAGAAGAUUUGAGCCUUCGCAUCAACGGCGGGCAGUUCGUCGCAUUUGUCGGGCCAUCUGGGUGUGGAAAGUCCACCCUUAUCUCCCUUCUAGAGCGAUUUUAUGAGCCAACGUACGGUAAGAUUAUCUUCGGCGGCCGAGACCUUAGAUCCAUAAACGAGUCUUCGUAUCGACGGAGAGUCGCGUUGGUUAGCCAGGAGCCGAAACUUUUCGAAGGCAGCAUUCGUGAAAACCUCCUUCUUGGUCUUGAACUUUCGCCAGAGGAGGUUGAAACAGAGAUGGUGCAGGCGUGCCGUGACGCUGAGAUUCAUGAUUUCAUCGCAUCAUUGCCCAACGGCUAUGCCACCGAAUUAGGGAUCAAUGCGCAGGUAUCACUCAGUGGGGGACAAAAGCAGCGACUCUGUAUUGCGCGGGCACUCAUGCGGUGCCCUUCCCUCCUUUUGUUAGACGAGGCAACAUCAAGCCUUGACUCGGAGUCUGAGCGCCUCAUUCAAAACUCUCUCGAGCGACUCGCAGGAAAGCGGAAUAUGAUCAUUAUCGCGGUGGCUCAUCGACUUGCUACCAUCCAGAACGCGGACUGCAUAUAUGUAUUCCGUGAAGGCACUGGAAAAGAAGGCUCGCGGAUCGUGGAACAGGGAACGCAUCAGGAACUCUUACAGAAGAGAGAGCUGUAUUUCCAGAUGGUAAGUUUGAGUGACCCAGGGAGAGUGUGGUGGCUGACCGAAACAGUGCCAAGCGCAGGCGUUAGACUCGUAAGAGGCCAAUAG